UCGUCUACUUACGGUUUUGCCUAUAUAAAUAGGCCUAAGCGUUUCAGCAGGUAUCAGUUGAUCCAGUGGUAGAUCUGAAAACCCAAUACAUUUCAGCAUGAACGCCUUGAUCGUCGCCUUCUUCGCCAUCCUGGCCAUCUCUACAGCCUCCGCCUCCAUCCACGCCGGUCUAGGCUGGGGCGGACUCGGCGUCAGCCCAUGGGCUCUUAGCCCAGUAGGACCUUCCGGAAUAGUUACCGGAGCUGGAGCCGCUGGCCCCGCUGGAGUCGUCACCGGAGCUGGAGCUGCCGGACCUGCUGGUAUCGUCACUGGUGCCGGACCCAUUGGACCCACUGGACCCGCUGGACAUGGAAUCAUCGCCGGACCUCUAGGACUCGGUGGAUUGGGAGGUCUCGGUCUUGGAAGACUUGGUCUAGGUUUGGGCGUCCAUGGCUGGUAAAUCUCGUGUAUAGAUGACCUGUAAAAUGUAUAUGCUGGAUGUAUGAUAUAGAAAAUAAAGUAUAAAUUAUUUUGUA